AUGGCGUCCACGACGACGAGUGCUCGGACGCAGCUCACUCUGACGACGACGCGUUCGAUGAAGAUGAGAAUGACCAAGAACUUCACCACCACACGAGCAGGUGGUUUGAACUCGGAGAAACUCUCCAACAACGACUAUCCAAUCGGAGAAGUCGUGUUAGGCAUCGAGCUGAGAGGUCACGGGGCGAAAGGGGCCAUCAUCGAUACCGCGAACGCAGAUUUUAUGCGACCAGGAGUUGAAGUUGAUUUAGAGGAGUUGAAGGAAGAAGCGGUGGAAGAGGCGCUGUCGAAAAUUGCGACCCAUUACAAUUGGGGAGGUACAGUUGGCGUGAGCUACACGAGAGCGGUUAUGCGAGCGUGCGGGAACCGGGAUAUUAACAAACACAUAGUGAAGAUGUUUCCAAAAUCAAAAGGCAAAGUGGGGUCGAUGAUACACACCGAAGCCGCGGCGUACGCGCAAAUGUAUUACGGGCCAGGCCGAGACGUCGAUGGUGUGGUAUUAGUAGUCACGAUUGGUAGAGGCUUCGGGACUGUGGUAUACAAUCACGGGCAGAAAGUGAGAAACAUGAACAUGACAAACUUCACGUGGACGUACGAAGGAGAAUUAAAAAAGUUACAACAGAAGUUUAAUUGGGAAGGUAUCGCACCAGGAUUUCAAGAUGACAAAGACGAGGAGGAGAAGGAGAAAAUAACGCAGUGCAUCGAUAACUUUGGCUUGCAAGGAAGUUGGGAGAUGUCGUUCGAUGACGUUGAAAAGUGUGAUAUCGGGCCGAAAACGAGGGAAAAGUUGGACGAAUUUUUAGCGUGGGGCACAUUAGUCGACGAGUAUCUUCAAAAAGUUACCUCGCACGUGCAACCCGAGCGAGUGAUUCUUUUGACGACUGGACACGCGAGCACACUACCAACAAAGUUACUCUUCAAGUUAUUUGCGCCAGGCAUAGCUUCCGCCGGUGUGAAUCCCACGGAGGCUUUGCUCAUCUCAGAAUCUCCGUCUUCUAUUGUCAAAGGUGCCGCGUUAGGCGCGAUGCUGGAGCUUUCCAACAAAGCUACAGUUGAGAUUCUUAGAGCUGCGAUUUGCAAAGAUAUCACCGGUGCGCCUGAACCGAGAAUUUUGACCGACGAAGACAUGCAAUAUGUAUUUAAAAAAUUAGAUAGAAACAAGGACAGCCAAUUAGACGCAGAAGAUAUCCUUCGCGGUGCCGCUUUGUACGAUGUAGUACUUUCGGAAGUAGAAGCAAACACGGUGUUGCGAAGUUUUGCGGGAACGUCAGCUGCUCGAAAUCAAACGGCCUCGUUUGACGAUUUCGAGCGUUGGUGGGUAAAAACAGUCAAAAAGUCCGUGGUCAAACACGUGCAGAGUCAAGAAGAACUCGAGACAUAUUUGCAGGAGAAAAGUUCAGCAAACGAGAAUCCGGUCAUUGUUUUGCAGUGUGGAUACUCGUAUUGCAGACCGUGCAUAAAAUUUGAACACUCGUACGAAUCCGUGGCGAAAGACCCUCGGUUUAAGAAUAUCAAAUUCUUAAAAGUUGUCGGCGACUCUUCGCCCGCGCUUUCGCAUUUGACUCACGAGCUCGAAGUAGAAAACACGCCGGAUUUCCGUAUAUUUCGAGGGGACAAAAUGGUGCAAAAGUUUACCGGAGCUAACAGAAAGAAACUCGAAGACAACCUCAUCGCUGUUCUAGAGAGCAAAGACGUCAACCAAAUCCCAGGGAUUAUAAUCAAAUAG